GCCGGAGCCCGGCCGGGAGGCGGCUGAGACGCGCGCCCCGGCGCCCCGGAGCCCUCCCCGGAUCCCAUGGAGCACACACACUUCCAUCUCGCCAACAGCUCGCUCCUCUCGCACCACCGCCAUGCCUGCGGCUUGGGCUUCGUGCCGGUGGUCUACUAUAGCCUCCUGCUCUGCCUCGGCUUGCCAGCUAACAUUCUAACUGUGAUCAUCCUGUCCCAGCUUGUGGCACGUAGACAGAAGUCAUCCUACAACUAUCUCUUAGCCCUUGCUGCUGCUGACAUCAUGGUCCUCUUCUUCAUUGUGUUUGUAGAUUUUUUGCUGGAAGAUUUUAUCUUAAACAAACAGAUGCCACAUGUCCCAGACAAAAUCAUAGAAGUUCUGGAAUUUUCUUCCAUUCACACCUCCAUUUGGAUUACUGUCCCAUUAACUAUUGAUAGGUAUAUUGCAGUCUGCCAUCCACUCAAGUACCACACUGUCUCCUAUCCAGCUCGCACUCGGAAAGUCAUCAUAAGUGUCUACAUUACCUGCUUUCUGACCAGCAUCCCAUAUUACUGGUGGCCCAAUAUAUGGAUUGAAGACUAUAUCAGCACUUCGAUGCACCACGUCCUCAUCUGGGUUCAUUGCUUCACUGUGUACCUGGUACCUUGCUCCAUUUUUUUCAUCUUAAAUUCUAUCAUUGUAUAUAAACUUAGGCGAAAAAGCAAUUUCCGACUCCGUGGCUACUCCACUGGAAAAACCACAGCUAUCCUAUUCACCAUCACCUCCAUUUUUGCCACACUUUGGGCACCCAGAAUCAUAAUGAUCCUCUAUCACCUUUAUGUGUCACCUAUCCACAAUAGCUGGCUGGUGCAUAUUAUAUCAGACAUUGCCAACAUGCUGGCCCUUUUGAACACUGCAAUCAACUUCUUCCUUUAUUGUUUUAUCAGCAAGCGAUUCCGUACCAUGGCGGCUGGAACACUCAAAGCUUUCUUUAAGUGUCAAAAGCAGCCUGUCCAGUUCUAUACCAAUCAUAACUUCUCGAUAACCAGUAGUCCCUGGAUUUCACCAGCCAAUUCCCACUGUAUCAAAAUGCUGGUUUAUCAAUAUGAUAAAAAUGGGAAGCCUAUAAAAGUAUCCCCAUGACCAGGGAGCUAUUUCCACUUCUGCCCCAUUUAGUGGGGCUCUAAGAUCUUCACAUUAUACUUGCUGAAACUUCUCUUCUCAAGAGUGGCAACCAGAUUUCAUGUCUCUGUAGCCUGAAAGACUAUCAAACUGGUAGAACGAAUACAUAUUAGGCUGGUAGAAAAGGAAGAGAAGCAUGAUUUUGUUUUUACUUUGGCAAGUCAUGUUAAGAGCAAAAGUCCCUGCCAGUUUGAUACCUCUGUGGAGGGCAGGAGUACUCUGCUCUUGGGUCUGUGUGGACCCAAUAGCAUAAAAAAGUAGUAUAUGUCCAAAUCUCAGCACUCUAUGUGGUCACUGGGAAUAACUCUUUAUUUUUCAAUAUACCCAAGACCCAGUAGUGCAUAAUUGAUACUACAUUCUUUAUUCAAAGAGCUUAGGUAAUCUCUUCAUCAUGCUAUUCCUAGCUCCUAAGAUUGAAUGUUUCCACAUUUUUCAAGGUGUUGUUUGCAUUUGUGCACUUACCGAAAAGGGGGUUUUUGACUUGACGUAUCCCCACUCAUCAGUUGCUGGUGCUAAAGAUGACACUUCGGGAAAUAGAAGCAUCUUUACCUGUCCUUUCCACUCCUGAUAGGCUCUCUUGGAAAAAGCUCUGGAACAAAAUACUUACUGUUCAUAUGUCCUGGGCAACCAAGAAGCAUCCCCCAAAACUAACAUUAUGUAUAGAUUUUUUUUCAUCUUAUCCAAGACAGAGGAUCUUCUGGCAAGCAAAAGGAAAAAAAAAGAUUUCUUGAGCCCCAAACAACAACAAACAACAGCAAAUUAUUGCCAUUAGUUUUCAUUGGAUUUUCCAGAGGCUCAUGAGUUUGGGGAAUUAUACAUAGACACAGCACUCUAAUGUUUUCCAUCUAAAAGGCUUGUCAUGUUUUUUUCCAAAAAUCCAACUAAGCCUUUUAAGCAUAGGAUUCCAAGCUUGCUCUUUAUGGAAGCCAUGUAGCAAUGAAAGCAAGAUCCACACUGCUUCUUGUACAGACAUUCUCUGAUUUCCUUUUUUUUUUUUGAGGUGAGGUAAAAAUGGGUCAAAUAUUUGGGAUUCAGUUGUGAGAGUCCUCCAAGUUUUAGACAAGGACAAAAUCAGUUCUCCCUGACAAUUCAUAUGUACAAUCAACUUUCCCAGAUAGUAAAAAGAAACUGUUAGCAUAACUGGGGAGUACACCUGCAUCUCUAUAUUGGACUUCCAUUGUCCGGUAGGAUUAGUUCUGGUUUACAACUGGAUUAUUAUAAUGAUGAUAACCUAUUUCCUUCCAUACUCCCAACAAGCACAAAUACAGUAUCAAUGAAUCAGAUUUUCCAUAUGAUAUUCUGCAAACAUACACACAUACACAUACACAUACACAUACACAUACACAUACACAUGCACAUGCACAUACACAUACACAUACACAUACAGUUGAUCUGAGUUCAUAUUCAUCCACUUCUCCAUUUCAAGGAAGGAAAUACUUUCAAGAAAUCUCUUUUUCAGUCACUCACCACAUUCUGACUGAAGUGAUAGGAACUUCAGGUGGGUCCUUCCAAAAUGACUCUGAAAAUUCAAAACGGAUGCUUUUACAAUAAUGGUCCUUAUUUCUUUGAGAACCUAGUAAAGUUUUCACCAAAACAAAUAACCUUCAUGAUCUGUUUUAACUCCAUUUAGGUCCCAAAGUUGAGUGUAUGUAUAUUCAUUUAAACAUGAUUGGCAAUAAAUGAAUGGGAAAAGACCACUCUAUUGCAGUUAGUCAUGAUGCCCCUGAGCAUCACAGAUUCCAAGGAGUGGGUAUACUUUACUGGUUCAAUCUCCAUGACCCUACCUGUUCCCUAUUAACCUCUUAAUUGAGUGCUUUCUUGUGGAUUUAUAUUUACCAAAGUGUAUCAACACAUAAUAGGUCUAUUUAUUUUUUAAAUGCUUAGUGACAAGGAAUGCUAGUUUAAGUUUUAUGUGAAUGAGUUAAAGUGCAAUAUCUAUAAAGAUUAAGUGAUUCAUUUUUGUGAAUGUAUUUAUCAUGAAAGCAUAUAUUUACAAGAAUUCCACUGUUCUAUAUUAAUCUCAUAUAAACUUGAAUGUUGAGGUUUGGUUUUUUUAAGACUGAGCAUAAACAAUGUUUUCCAUGUGCUUCAGUUUAUUACUUUUCUUAACAAUAGAGAUUCUACUGACUAGUGGUAUCAUUGUUUUUUCAUUUGGAUUAUAUUUUAUAUCUUGACAAAUAAUAUUUAAAAGAACUCUGAUUUUUUAAGUCAUUCCAUUGAGUUCUUACUCUCUUCUGGUUAGAAUUCAUGUGUGUCUUUUUGUGUCUCUUGAACAACUUUGUUAUGUGUCUCUUGUAUUUGUCUCUUGAACAAUUUUGCUUCAGAGAAAUUGAGGGCUUUAACUUAUUAUUAAUACUGAUAAAACACAUAAAUAAGGAUAAUAUAUACUUUGAAGAUUUUUAUUUCAGGCCAGUUUGGGAAACAAAGCCUUGAUUCAAGAAAUUUGCCAUGUAGGAGCCACUGUCCACGAUAAUAAAGUUGUGGCCUAAUUUUUGGUCUGUGAGGCUCCUUGUAAAGACUGCUAAUGAGCCAAACUCUUGUUAUAUGAUUUGGACCUACUGUUGUGCAUACAGUGAAGUUAAGCAAGCACAUACUGUAUUUUCAUUGACCCACUUGGGAACUAGAAUGUCUUAGAGGGGCAAGGAAUGGAAGAGAGAGGAGGAAAGAGAAGAUGCUAAAGAAAAAUCCAUUUACAGGAGGACUGAACAUCUAUUACAGUAAUGUGCUUGAGAAAAGUGACUGCAUACAUAGUGUUGAAGGGCCAGUUGGGAAUGUCUGAAGUGACUAAGUGAGUUAAAUUGCAUUUUAGGUAUUCCAGGUCUAAGAAUGAGAAAUAUAUUUAAAUUGUAAAUGUUCUUAUUUUCUUAAGUAGAUACUAUAUUGUGUUUGGCAAACUUGUUUGUAUGAAUAAUAAAUUCAGAUC